AUGCAUGAAGCCGUUGUCAACCUGGAGAUAAUUUCUGUUCUACAUCGAUACAUUCCUGAGUACCGGGUCGAGACAUAUAUUAUCUGCGCUAGAAGCACUACUGCUGAACUAACAGCUAGCCCCCGUCACCACAUGGAAACUCAUGAUCUCAGACAGUACGCAUACGCCGAUACCCUCACAUCGUAUGCAACACCAGACCUCUCGCACGUAACAUCGUCCAACCAUUUGGGCUUGUCUACCAAUCCUCACGAACCUUAUCCCCCCUGUCCCGCUGAUGCGUUACCUUACAGAAGGCUAGACAUCUUCCCGGAGUCACUGCAACCUGACAACACCUUUAACAACAUGGCCGUUAACUUCUCGGACAUGCAUACAAACCGAAAUUCUCUACCACCUCCUUCACCUCCCUCGAUUGCUCUAGCGUUAGGUGACGCUGAACGCAAGAAAGAUAUAAGCCAACUUACAAACACACCGAAAGAAAUCGUCUGGUCACUGGGACGACCCAAACAUUCCAACCAGGCGAUUACCUCGACUUUCCGAGUCGCCAAUACGUCCACAUCUCUUGCUGAAGUCCUGUGGCUUUUGGAUCGCAAUGAUCUGGAGCUGACUGACAUCUGCAAAGCGAUUUUCAUGCUACAAGCAAUCCUCAAUAAGAUGAUAGAAAAGCAAGAUGGCAAAAAGGCAGAUUAA